AUGUUAGACAACCCAGAGAGAGUUCUUCUUGUAUUUGAUGGUUUGGAUGAAUUUAAACACCGUGAAGACUGUUCGAAGGAGGAGCAGGCACAAGGUUGUAAUAGUGCAACAGAGGCAAUGCCAUUCUCUGCACUGUAUGUGAAAUUGGUAAAAGGAAACCAGCUUCCUGGAGCCACAGUUCUGACAACUUGUAGACCCAAUGUAGUGCAGAGUCUUGAAAGACUUAAGUUUGACAGGAGAGUUGAGAUCAUGGGAUUUACACCAGAAAAAGUUGAAGAAUAUGUUCACAAAUUUUGUACAUACAACGCAGUGACAACCANCGAAAUAUUUGACAUCUAUUUGAAGCCCCAGCGUGGAGCACUAUCCAUGAAGAAUCUUGAAGAGUUAUUUCUUCCCAACGAAGAUACCCAAGAUCCUCGAAAAAUUCUUGUAGUUGGUCGUCCGGGAAUCGGAAAGUCUAUACUAUGUACGAAACUAUCGCGUGACUGGAGCGAGGGUGGUCUAUUUCGUGACAGCACUGGCAACAAAAACUUUGAACAUUUGUUCUUGUUUCGGUUCAGAUGGUUCAAUGAGACAACAGACAAGAUAUCUCUUAAACAACUCAUGAGUCUUUUAUGUCCAGAAGGAGGCAUUGACAAUGAGGUGUUCCAAUACAUGUUAGACAACCCAGAGAAAGUACUUCUUCUAUUUGAUGGUUUGGAUGAAUUUAAGCACCAUGAAAACUGUUUGGAGGAGGAGCAGGCACAAGGUCGUAAUGGUCCAACAGAGGCAAUGCCAUUCUCUACACUUUACAUGAAAUUAAUGAAAGGAAACCAGCUUCCUGGAGCCACAGUUCUGACAACUUGUAGACCCAAUGUAGUGCAGAGUCUUGCAAGACUUGAGUUUGACCGAAGGGUGGAGAUCAUGGGAUUUACACCAGAAAAAGUUGAAGAAUAUGUUCACAAAUUUUGUACAUACAACACAGUGAUAGUGAGAAGAAUAUGGGAACAUAUCAGCAGCAAUUUAGAAUUGUUGUCUUUGUGCUACAUUCCAGUAAACAGUUUCAUUGUCUGUUCCUUUUUGGAAAAGUUGAUCACACUCGAAGACCAGGAUUCAGGAAAUACAGCUUUACCAACAACUUCAACAGAGGUUUAUGAAGGAACACUGAGAUUGUUCAUCUUCAAGCAUCACCCAGAAUUUAAGGGUAAACUACUGACAAAGGAGUACCUGAUGGGAAAUGCAGCAUUUUCAGAUUCCAUAGAAGAAACAUUAACCCAAGUAGGAUCAUUGGCCAAAACAGGAAUAGAAGAAAGGCGACUGGUGUUUGAUUCAACAGAAGUGCAUGGAAUGGAAAACUGUGGCUUGCUUAACCGUAUGCCAGACAGUGAAAUUACCUGGUUACAAUUUAGAUCCCAUUUCUGCUUCAUUCACCUGACUUUCCAAGAGUUGCUUGCUGCCAGAGAAAUCACAAAGAUGAACCCCAAUGACCUCAGUCAUUUCAUUGCCUUGAAUGUUUCAGAUCCAAAAUGGCACAUGGUUAUUCAGUUUGUGGCA